AUGGCCGACGCCCUCAAGGUUGAAGGCAAUAAGGCUUUCGCAGCCAAAGACUUCCAGACUGCCGUUGAGAAAUUCUCGCAGGCUAUUGAAUUAGAUCCCUCAAACCACGUCCUCUACUCGAACCGUUCAGGCGCAUACGCCUCUCUCCGGGAAUACCAAAAGGCGCUUGAAGAUGCCCAAAAGACGACAAAGAUCAAGCCUGACUGGGCCAAGGGCUGGGGACGGAAAGGCGCUGCUCAGCAUGGUGUAGGCGAUCUUGUUGGAGCCAAGGACUCUUAUGAAGAGGCUCUCAAGCUCGACCCGACCAACGCCCAAGCCAAGUCAGGACUCGACGCCGUCAACAGAGCCAUCGAGGCCGAGGCUCGUGCGGACGGCGCUGAUAUGGGAGGUCUGGGCAACAUCUUCAGUGAUCCUCAGCUCAUCCAGAAGCUGGCCAGCAACCCGAAGACCGCUCCCUUCCUCGCCGAUCCGCAGUUCAUGGGCAAACUGCAACGGCUGGCCAAGAACCCCAACGAAAUGGGCCAGGAGCUGGGUGACCCGAGGUUCCUACAGGUGAUGGGUGUACUACUGGGCGUUGACAUGCAAAUGGGAAUGCCGCCCGAGGGCGCGCCUUCAGGAGCAGGAAAGCCGACGGAAGCAGAGGAGGAUGUGCCUAUGACCGACGCCGGUCCAGCGUCGAACCCUCCACCUGCCGAGACGAAGAAGCCCGAGGAGAAAGCACCCGAGCCCGAGCCCGAACCGGAGCCCGAAGAUGAGGAGGCAAUUGCAGCAAAGAAAGCCAAAGAGGAGGCCGAACAAGAGAAGAAGUUGGGCAACGACUUCUACAAGAAGCGACAAUUCGAUGAAGCAAUUGAACACUACAGCAAGGCCUGGGACCUGCACAAGGACAUUACCUAUCUGACGAACCUGGGAGCCGCCAAGUACGAGAAGGGCGACUACCAGGGCUGUAUCGAGGCGUGCGAAAAGGCCAUUGAGGAAGGUCGACAAAUCCUCGCCGACUUCAAGAUCAUUGCCAAAGCGUUCGGGCGGAUUGGCUCGGCGUACGAGAAGCUGGGCGACCUACCAAAGGCCAUCGACAACUUCCAGAAAUCGCUGACGGAGCACCGCACGCCGGACAUCCUCACGAAGCUCAGAGCGGCCGAGAAGGCUAAAAUCAAGGCGGAAAGGGACGCAUACAUUGACCCGCAGAAGGCAGAAGAGGCUCGUCUCCUCGGAGCAGAGCGAUUCAAGAACGCAGACUGGCCCGGCGCCGUGGAAGCGUACACCGAGCUCACGAAGCGAGCACCAGACGACCCUCGAGGCUACAGCAACCGCGCGGCCGCACUGAUCAAGCUUCUGGAGUUCCCCAACGCCCUUCAAGACUGCGACGAAGCCAUCAAGCGCGACCCCAAGUUCAUCAAAGCCUACCUGCGCAAAGCCCAGGCUCUGUACGGCAUGAAGGAGUACAACAAGUGUCUGGACGUGCUCACCGAGGCCAUGGAGCACGACGAAGGCGGCAAGAAUGCCCGCGAAAUCGAGCAACAGCAGCAGAAGGCUCUCGAGGCCAUGUAUGCUGCUCGCGCGGGCGAGACCGAGGAGCAGACGGCGGCCAGGAUCCAGAACGAUCCCGACAUCAUGCAAAUCCUCUCCGAUCCAGUCAUGCAAUCGAUUCUGCAACAGGCCAAGAACGACCCCGCCGCCCUCAACGAGCACAUGAAGAACCCCGGCAUCCGCGGCAAGAUUCAGAAACUCAUCGCCGCCGGCGUCAUCCGUGUAGGCCGGUAG